AUGGAGAGUGAACUCCUUGAGGCUGCACAGCUGCUAGCAAAUCCGGUGCAGGUCGUGGACUGGCUUGAAGUUCAAACACCGGGUUCUCAAAAACGGUAUGCGCACAGCCUCUUUGAGCAUCUUCUCAGUGAAGCAGCCCAGCCAAAGUCUGUCUCAGGCCAAGCCUGCGUCAGACUCUGCGGUCUCGUAGAACAGUCGUCGAAAUCGAGCUCGGGGGAACUUCAAAAAUGGGCAUUUUCCAACGAAGUGACUGUCUCUCUCUUCCAUUUCUUCAUUGAAUGGAACGAGUCCGAUCACCAUCGGUCCAUGAAGCUCGUUCUCAAUUUGAUAGAGCGAUUCAUUCGAACGAAUCCGGACCGGACUGUUGCCAAAGAGACGAAUAGAUGUCUUCUUGAAAGUAUCAUUUCCAUAAUCACUGGUCUUUCAGCCAAGCCUGUCGCUAAAUCUGCCAUUAAGACUUUGGAUCACUUCCUGACAAGAGGCGUGGUAACUCUGGAGGACAUUCGAUCCAAUUAUCUCGCUCUUCAUCAGAGGUGGGCGCAGGCUGAUGAGACGGAAGUUUGGAGAAACUUUACCAUCUCUCUCUUUCACUGGAUGCGACUGCACUUUGUUUGCCCCACGGCCGGCAGAUUCGUUGUCUCCCUGUAUCGAUGUUGGAGAAAGGGGGAUGAGCCAGGAAGGCCGACGAGGCCAAGUUUGGAACAGUGGUACCAAUGGCUACUUCAAUUCUUGGCCGAGGAGCCGCAGCUCCUAGAGUCGAUCAAACACUACAUUUUCUUGCCGCUCUUCAAAGCCGAUCGAGCCGAAGGGUUGCUGCUUCUGAGAAAGGUGAACGGCAACCAAAUUGGCACAACUGCGGAGAGUCUCGAUAUGGAUAUGGAUGUUGCAUCCUUACUGCAGCUGGCUGCCCUAGAGAUUGGAAAGAAGGUCGGUCUUGUCGAGGAGCCAGGUGAGAACAGCCUCGGUUUUGCACCAGCAGCCCGCAUUAACAACUCUCGAGCUGUCUCUAGGGAACUGUCGCAGGAAACCGAAUCUAUAACCAUCUACGAAGAGAGACUGGAUGCCGUAUUAGCCCAUCCUUCUCACGAGGUGCGAGCGUUGGCCUUGUCCUUGUUGGUAACUUCUCCUUCCACCACGAGGCCAUUUUCCGUCGCCACGUUGGAGUUGCUUCGCCGGCAUUUGAGCAUCUUUUUCGCCGAUGCAGACCCCAAAUUCAGAGUCGAGGUAUCUGGCUACGUACGAGACAUGUUUAAACGAGUACGCGGCGCGAUUCAUGUCUUGAAGCGAAGUAUACCAAGAGCACGAGCAAAGGCCCAGAAGGCCGGUACGGAGGACAAGCUGGGUUCAACUGCUGCGACACAGCCCAUGGUGUACCGCUCCAACUUGAUCGCCCUCCCCGUAUCGCAAUUGACCGAUUGCCUCAGAUACCAUUCGGAGUUUCUGAAAUGGUACAUUGGAUUUUUGUGCAGCGAACUAACACCCACGGCUUCGUAUCAAAGGCACAUAACGGCCUUGAAGGCUUUGACAACGAUCACUCGCCUGGAGAGUGAAGCGUCGAAACCAUGGGAGACGGACGAAGACCAACAGCUUUUCUUCGAUCUCUUCGAUGAAAAAUGGGCACGAGCACUCUCUGACCUACUCAUGGACCCCUUCGAAGACGUGAGGGAUACCUGCGCGGCAGCGUUGACACGAUUGUAUGCCGAUGAGAGGUAUCGCCAGCUUACACUCAGUGGUGAUGAAGGCAGUCAAGGCACGGCGGAGGCUCUCAGGGAACUGUCGCGACGAGCGAACGCUAUCGCGAGAAUAACAUCUAGAGCCGAUCAUGCAGACGGGGCUUCCAGGAUCUCGCAGCUGCUCUAUCGAUUCCUGGAUUCCGGGGCCGAUAGGGUGGCUUUUCUGUCCGAGAUGACUGGAGAACUCAAUCGCAGAAUUGUACUGGCUGAAACCGACCUCGGCCGAGCAGUUGUUGAAGCUCCGCUGCAUAGUCACUUUGCAUCUCUCAAUCACAUUUGGCAAGUGACCUCGGCCAUUGAGAUGUCCGAUUCUGAGAUAUCCGAUGUUCAAGCAUUACAAUCUUCCCUCGUCUCGUGCUGCGAACGGGCCUGGGAUGCCGUGAGGGACAUUCUGUGCGAUGACUCACCAGAGGGCCAUCUACCGCCAGAGCUCGAAGAGUCUGACGACCUCGACACCAAGGGGCUUCUGAGCUUUAGCUUUCGUGCCAUCCACGAGUCCAGCAAUCUCAUGCGGACGAUGAUUUCAUCCAUCCGCGGCCAGUCACAAGUCAAAUGUAUAAACAUUGGGGAACAAGUGCUCGAAAAAAUUGGAAACUUGACUUUUACGCAACUUGAAAAGUUGAGGCACCGAGGUGCUUUUACGACAGUCGCAAUGACAUUCGCGACCUGCUGUCAGCAGACAAAGCAUCUGGAUCGAGGAGCAUCGCUGUUAGAUUCGUGGUACCGUGGGACGAUGAAGGCCAUCUUCACACAAAGGUCAACAACCCGCAGAUCAGCUGGCAUUCCAUCUUUAAUGACGGGAAUUCUGUCUGCCAAUGCCAGCAUUCACUCGUUCGAGCAGGUUAUUGAUGAACUCAUGACCAUUGCCAGCACGCAAGUACGCCAAUCGGAGACGGACGGUUCUAAUCUCCCGCAGGUUCACGCGUACAACUGCCUGAAGGACGUGUUCAAGAACUCCAUGUUGAUGUCCAUGGGGAACAAGUCAGAUGCCUAUAUCCCGCAGUGUCUUGAGCUCGCUGCGAGCGGUCUGCGUUCUGAAGUAUGGGCUAUCCGUAACUGCGGGUUGAUUUUCCUCCGAAGCUUGAUCGAUCGCCUCUUCGGCUCCCAGGAAAGCAGAGCCAUGAUCGAGGCCGGGUGGGAUGGGAAGGCCAACCGCAUUCCAUACUACCGAUAUCCCAACUUACCAGUCGUCCUUCGAAACCUUCUCAAAUCAGGUCAUGCCAUGCUGAACCAGCAGGCGACGACUGCCUCGGCUGCCGAAUCGGUUUUCCCGGCGCUGGACAUCAUCCGUCGUGCUGGACCUCCUGAGCUACUCCGAGACAAGAUUCAAGUUGACAUUUGCAUCUACUUGUCGAGCCCCGUGUGGCAUGUUCGCGAGCUCGCUGCGCGCACUCUUACCUCUUGUCUGCUUCAUGAUCAGUGGCUUCACGCUAUUCGAGAAUUGAUUGCGGACUUGGAUCUAUCUUAUGGCGGAAAUCAACAGAACCGCGCGCAUGGAGUAUUAUUGACGCUCAAAUUUGUCAUUGAGAGGCUUGAUGAGGUGGCUAGCGAUCGCCUUGCCGCCGAUCUUCCUGAGCUGAUUCGCUUUCUUGCUGGAAGUGCCAUCAGUACAAAGUACCCGACCUGCCUUGACAUUUCGGCCGCCUACUUGGAGGUUGUCAACCUCAUCUGGUCCCUCGAACGCAAGAGUUCGCAAGUGAUUUCUGCGUGCCUGGUGACGAUGCCGACGUCGACCAGAACGAACACGGGGUCUGCGCUCUUGAGAAAACAAGUGAUUAUUCACGGCGUGUACCUAUCGUCGACUGAGCAAGAUCCAGUGGGAUACUUGAGAACGCUGCUGCUCGAUCGGAACGUCGGUGUCGACACUUUGGUGUCGGCUCUGGAAACGCUGCCGAGGCUGUGGGACCUGCCAUCGACAUCAGAGGACACUCUUUCGCAGCUCUGCAAUCUCUAUCUUGACCUGUGUCUGAGAACUGUCUUUCCAGAGGCUCUGACGGUGGCCGUUCAGAAUAUGGCUCAGGUCAUGGACGAGCUCCUUGGGCGAAAUAUCGUGGGCAAGCUGUCAUCAAAAUCACUCAUAGGGGUGUGGACUGCAUUGCCAGCCCGGCCGAUCAGCCCGGCCCUUUUUAACGCCAUCAUCCGUGCCAGCGGUUGCAUAAUGGCUGUUGUGCGCGAAUCUCAGGGGGAUGUGGUUGACCUUGCGAGCUGGGGACGGAUGAUGGCUGAUGCGAGCCAAGACGAUAGGACGUUUGACAGCCGAUUUGCAGCGGUCAGCUCCCUUCUCUCGUACUUUACUUUCACUGGCGGGUCCAGCACCACGGAGGAGCACCUCCCGGCACUCUGCGCCCUCUACGACUCGUUGAACGAUGACGAUGACGAGAUCCGUGAAGUGGGAUGCGCCGCCGUCAAAGGCAUCACUGGCGAGAGCCUUGUCCCCAUGGAGGCUGCCAACCGACUUCUUGGUUGGUUGAUGCGGCAUUUUCACACGAGCUCGGUAUUUGCGUCAGAAGUCAUCGGUCGCAUGGUAGGACAUGCCGGCCAAGGCACUCAUGCAUCAGGAUUGGAUUUUACUGCAUGGACUUCAGCCGAAGACGAGCUCACCCGAUCGAUGGAGUCGGACGACUCCCUCUUUGUUGUGGAGGAGCAGAACCUCUUCGUCGAUGAAGUUCGCGAGACCAUGCGCUGGGCUAGCGUGUUCGAACGGCUGCCGUGGGACGCGGCUGAUGCAAGGCUGGCGAGUCUUGAUUGCUGGAUUACGAAGGGGAUCAUCCAUUUGGGCAAGCUUUCCGAGCGGGAUGAUGGGCCGUUGGGUUGGGCUUCCAAUCCCGAGCUAUUCGCCAUCUGUACUCGACUCAUCAGGGGCUCCGAGGUCAUGUCCAAGCAGCAUGCCUCUGGUGGCCUCCGACAGGCCGUUGCCGACACCCAGAAGGCGUUGAAGAGACACAACACUCACGUAUCGAAAUUGCUGACAGGGGCAUGGGAGUAA